GGGGAGGGGGACGGCUGUGAUGGGGGGGGAUAUAUGGGGGGGCAGGUCCCUUCUCAGGUGAAGCUGCUGAUGGAGAUGGAGCCGCCGCCGCCGCCGCCGCCUCUCAGCGCCCGGGUCCUGGCUCCGGCCCGGCGACUGCCGCCGCCUCAGUGACCCCACUCCCCCCGCACUGGGCCGCCCGGGCCAGAGUGGGGGACCCCCGCCCCCCCCGCCUCCCUUUUCCCCAACACCGUCCCCUCUCCCCCACCCUUCACAGCCUGCGCGCGCGCGCGGAGACGCCUCAGUCUACAUGGGGAGGACAGAGAAGCGCAAAGAACAAGAGAAAAGAUGCAUCCAUCUGAGAUCUAAAAGGAGACAAUGAGAAUCUCUUUAAAAUGGACAUAGAAGACUGCAAUGGCCGCUCCUAUAUGUCUGUAGGACCAAUGAAGGAAUUAUUGGCAUGCACUAAAGGAGAUAGCAAGAUGGGUCAGACACACAUAUGAGAGUCAUUGGCAACACCCGGGUAAUGUAAGGAAUCCACGCUUCCUGGAAGGUGAGUGGCUGGGCUCACCCCUGCCUGCCACUGAGACACAGACAUGCAUACACCACCCGCACUCCCUCGCCGUUUCCAAGGCGGCGGCCGCGUUCGCACCCCAGGGUCUCACCGGCAAGGGAAGGAUAAUCUGGAGAGGGAUCCCUCAGGAGGGUGUGUUCCGGAUUUCUUGCCUCAGGCCCAAGACUCCAACCAUUUUAUAAUGGAAUCUUUAUUUUGUGAAAGUAGCGGGGACUCAUCUCUGGAGAAGGAGUUCCUCGGGGCCCCAGUGGGGCCCUCGGUGAGCACCCCCAACAGCCAGCACUCUUCUCCCAGCCGCUCACUCAGCGCCAACUCCAUCAAGGUGGAGAUGUACAGCGAUGAGGAGUCGAGCAGACUGCUGGGGCCAGAUGAGCGGCUCCUGGAAAAGGACGACAGUGUGAUUGUGGAAGAUUCAUUGUCUGAGCCCUUGGGCUACUGUGAUGGGAGUGGGCCAGAGCCUCACUCCCCUGGGGGCAUCCGGCUGCCUAAUGGCAAGCUCAAGUGUGACGUUUGCGGCAUGGUCUGUAUUGGACCCAACGUGCUCAUGGUGCACAAGCGCAGCCACACUGGUGAAAGGCCCUUCCAUUGCAACCAGUGUGGUGCCUCCUUCACCCAGAAGGGGAACCUGCUGCGCCACAUCAAGCUGCAUUCCGGGGAGAAGCCCUUUAAAUGUCCCUUCUGCAACUAUGCCUGCCGCCGGCGUGAUGCACUCACUGGUCACCUCCGCACACACUCAGUCUCCUCUCCCACAGUGGGUAAGCCCUACAAGUGUAACUACUGUGGCCGGAGCUACAAACAGCAGAGUACCCUGGAGGAGCACAAGGAGCGGUGCCAUAACUACCUACAGAGUCUCAGCACUGAAGCCCAAGCUUUGGCUGGCCAACCAGGUGAUGAAAUACGUGACCUGGAGAUGGUGCCAGACUCCAUGCUGCACUCAUCCUCUGAGCGGCCAACUUUCAUUGAUCGUCUGGCCAACAGCCUCACCAAACGCAAGCGUUCCACACCCCAGAAGUUUGUAGGCGAAAAGCAGAUGCGCUUCAGCCUCUCAGACCUCCCCUAUGACGUGAACUCGGGUGGCUAUGAAAAGGAUGUGGAGUUGGUGGCACACCACAGCCUGGAACCUGGCUUUGGAAGUUCCCUGGCCUUUGUGGGUGCAGAGCAUCUGCGUCCCCUCCGCCUUCCACCCACCAAUUGCAUCUCAGAACUCACGCCUGUCAUCAGCUCUGUCUACACCCAGAUGCAGCCCCUCCCUGGUCGACUGGAGCUUCCAGGAUCCCGAGAAGCAGGUGAGGGACCUGAGGACCUGGCCGAUGGAGGUCCCCUCCUCUACCGGGCCCGAGGCCCCCUGACUGACCCUGGGGCAUCCCCCAGCAAUGGCUGCCAGGACUCCACAGACACAGAAAGCAACCACGAAGAUCGGGUUGCAGGGGUGGUAUCCCUCCCUCAGGGUCCCCCACCCCAGCCACCUCCCACCAUUGUGGUGGGCCGGCACAGUCCUGCCUACGCCAAAGAGGACCCCAAGCCACAGGAGGGAUUAUUGCGGGGCACCCCAGGCCCCUCCAAGGAAGUGCUUCGGGUGGUGGGCGAGAGUGGUGAGCCUGUGAAGGCCUUCAAGUGUGAGCACUGCCGUAUCCUCUUCCUGGACCACGUCAUGUUCACUAUCCACAUGGGCUGCCAUGGCUUCAGAGACCCUUUCGAGUGCAACAUCUGUGGUUAUCACAGCCAGGACCGGUACGAAUUCUCUUCCCACAUUGUCCGGGGGGAGCAUAAGGUGGGCUAGCAACCUCUCCCUCUCCCCUCAGUCCACCACUCCACUGCCCUGCCUACAGGCAUCGAUCCCUGUCCCCACCAUUUCCCAAGGAGUUUUGCUUUGUAGCCCUCACUACUGGCUACCUGACCUCACGCCUGACCCUGACCCCUCCUCACCUAUUCUCCUCCUCUAUCCUGACCGAUUUAAGCAUUGUGAUGAAACAGGUCUUUUGCUUAUGUUUUUCCUUUUUCUCUUCUCUCAUCCCAGCAUACUAUUUAUUAAUUAGUUGAUUUAUUUUUGCCUUUUUUUUUUUUUUAACUUAUAUCAGUCACUUGCCACUCCCCCACCCUCCUGUCCACAGCUCCUUUCCACUUUAGGUCAAUUUUUCUCUCUUAGAUCUUCCAGCAGCCCCAGGGGUAGGAAGCUCCUCUUAGUACUAAGAGACUUCAAGCUUCUUGCUUUAAGUCCUCACCCUUUACAUUAUCUAAUUCUUCAGUUUUGAUGCUGAUUUACCUCCCCCCAGCCCUACCUUAGCUCUGUGGCAUUAUAUCUCCUCUCUGGGACUCUUCAACCUGGUACUCCAUACCUCUUGUGCCCUCUCACUUUAGGCAGCUUGCACUAUUCUUGAAUGAAUGAAGAAUUAUUUCCUCACUUGGAAGUAGGAGGGGCUGAAGAAAUUCUCCCCAGGCACUGUGGGACUGAGGGUCCUCUUGAUGUUCCCCUAGUAAUAUGAGUUUUCAAAGCCUACAUUCAGGAUCUCCCUCUAGGAUGUGACAGAUCUGGUCCCUCUCCUUGAACUACCCCUCCACACGCUCUAGUCCCUUCAACCUACCGGUCUAUUCAGUGGUGGCUUUUCUCUCCUUGGAGUGCCCCAAUUUUAUAUUCUCAGGGGCCAAGGCUAGGUCUAUAACCCUCUGUCUCUGACACAUUGGGAGCCUCAGGUGCCUAAUUGGGAACCAGGGCAUGGGAAAGGGGUGGGUCAAAAUUCUUCUCUUUCUCCUCCACCUCUCAAACUUCUUCACUAUAGUGACCUUCCUAGGCUCUCAGGGGCUCCUUCAGUCCCCAUCCUAUGAGAAACUAGUGGGUUGCUGCCUGAUGACAAGGGGUUAUCUCAGCCCCUCAGUCAUGCUGCCUUCUGCUGCUCCCUCCCAGCAGGGUUCACCCUCUCAUUCCCGGGCUCCUGGGCCCUGUUCUUAGGAUCAGUGGCAGGGAGAAACGGGUAUCUCUUUUCUCUCUUCUAAUUUUCAGUAUAACCAAAAAUUAUCCCAGCAUGAGCAUGGGCAUGUGCCCUUCACCCCAUUCCACCCUUGUUCCAGCAAGACUGGGAUGGGUACAACUGAAAUGGGGUCAUCCUUUACUACCCCCUUCUACACUCAGCUCCCAAACACAGGGUAGGAGAGGGUACUCCUGGCUACUGCAGAGACCCCUGGCUAUUUGAGUAACCAAGGAUUAGUGAGAAGGGGCAGAAGGAGAUACAACUCCACUGCAAGUGGAGGUCUCUUUCUACAAGAGUUUUCUGCCCGAGGCCACAGCCAUCCCACUCUCUGCUUCCUUGAGAUUCAAACCAAAGGCUGUUUUUCUAUGUUUAAAGAAAAAAAAAAAGUAAAAACCAAACACAACACCUCACAAGUUGUAACUCUUGGUCCUUCUCUCUCUCCUUUUCUCUUCCCUUCCUUCCCCUUCCAUCUUUCUUUCCACAUGUCCUUUCCUUAUUGGCUCUUUUACCUCCUACUUUUCUCACUCCCUAUCAGGGAUAUUUUUUGGGGGAUGGUAAAGGGUGGGCUAAGGAACAGAUCCUGAGAUUAGGGCCUUAAGGGCUCUGAGAGGAGUCUACCUUACCUUCUUAUGGGAAGGGAGACCCUAAAAAACUUUCUCCUCUUUGUCCUCCUUUUUCUCCCCCACUCUGAGAUUUCCGCAAGAGAACCAGAUUGGCAGGGAGAAGCAUUGUGGGGUGAUUGUUCCUCCUUGACAAUGUAGCAAUAAAUAGAUGCUGCCAAGGGCAGAGAAUGGGGAGGUUAGCUCAGAGCAGAGUGGUCUCUAGAGAAAGGAAGAAUCCUCAACGGCACCCUCGGGUGCUAGCUCCGUUUUAGAAUGUCAGCAGAGCUGAGAUUAAUAUCUGGGCUUUUCCUGAACUAUUCUGGUUAUUGAGCCUUUCCUGUUAGACCUACCCCCUCCCACCUCUUCUGUGUCUGCUGUGUAUUUGGUGACACUUCAUAAGGACUAGUCCCUUCUGGGGUAUCAGAGCCUUAGGGUGCCCUCAUCCCCUUCCCCAGUCAACUGUGGCACCUGUAACCUCCCGGAACAUGAAGGACUAUGCUCUGAGGCUAUACUCUGUGCCCAUGAGAGCAGAGACUGGAAGGGCAAGACCAGGUGCUAAGGAGGGGAGAGGGGGCAUCCUGUCUCUCUCCAGACCAUCAUUGCACUUUAACCAGGGUCUUAGGUACAAAAUCCUACUUUUCAGAGCCUUCCAGCUCUGGAACCUCAAACAUCCUCAUGCUCUCUCCCAGCUCCUUUUGCAUAAAAAAAAAGUAAAGAAAAAGAAAAAAAAAAUACACACACACUGAAACCCACAUGGAGAAAAGAGGUGUUUCCUUUUAUAUUGCUAUUCAAAAUCAAUACCACAAACAAAAAAAUUUCUAAGUAGACACUUUUCCAGACCUUUGUUUUUUUGUGUCAGUGUCCAAGCUGCAGAUAGGAUUUUGUAAUACUUCUGGCAGCUUCUUUCCUUGUGUACAUAAUAUAUAUAUAUAAAUAUAUAUAUUUUUAAUCAGAAGUUAUGAAGAACAAAAAGAAAAAAUAAACACAGAAGCAAGUGCAAUACCACCUCUCUUCUCCCUUACUCUUAGGGUUUCCUUUGUAGCCUAUGUUUGGUGUCUCUUUUGACCUUUACCCCUUCACCUCCUCCUCUCUUCUUCUGAUUUCCCCUCCCCCACUUUUUUAAAGAGUUUUUCUCCUUUCUCAAGGGGAGUUAAACUAGCUUUUGAGACUUAUUGCAAAGCAUUUUGUAUAUGUAAUAUAUUGUAAGUAAAUAUUUGUGUAAUGGAGAUAUACUACUGUAAGUUUUGUACUGUACUGGCUGAAAGUCUGUUAUAAAUAAACAUGAGUAAUUUAACACC